CAACUACUUCAUUUUUCUGAAAACAGUUUUAUAAAGUAAGCAGGCAGAUGGACAGUACUGAAAGCAAUCUAAUGAAGAUCAAAGUGGUAUUUCAUGAUCUUGAACAAGAACAGGAACAGCAUUCCAUGAAUGAUGAAGAAGAAGACGAAUGCAUGGAUAACAUUGAGCCGUUACGUCAAACUGCACAAAGAAAAUCAAACGAAUCUCUGCCAACUUUACUACAACGAGCACAAUCGAGUGAUUCACCAUUUGCUAUUGGUAAUAAAGAGAAAACCAGCUUGAACAAAUUAACAUCUCGUUCAUUGAGUCGUGGAAAUGUUAGGAGACCCAGUGAAAUUUCAAUCAAUGAUUUUCUUUCUAUGCCACCAGUGCUUGAAAGUAUUGAUGCUCAGCGCAGAUCAACCUUGAUUUCGGACGACAAACACAAUCCUCUAGGCAGACGUGGAAGUACGCCAUCUGAAGAGAGUUUAGACAAAAGCAAAUCAAAAGAACCCCACUAUGAUGACUGUGAUGCUGUUGAUUAUGAAUGUAAACAUGGAUUACACUGAAGCCGAAGGUGAAGAAAGAAAAGAAACAUUUGGUAGACGAGUACACGAUAUCCUUGAGAGUAACUUAAUACAUAUGGGGGAUUCGUGAAACUUAUUUUAACAAUUUUUAAUGUUGGUCAAACUAACUUCAUGUUAUGUCGAUUAGUUUUUAUUAUAAUCUGUAACUUUUUGAAAAACAUUUAUGUGGUCCCAGGUUAUUUUCAAAUAAAUUAUCAUUGGUAUUUCGAAGAUGAAAAAUGAAAGGAUUUCGUUAUAAAGUGAUGCACCACUUCAAAAUCUACCUCAG